UGCCCGGCGCGCGCCGUCACCCUCCACGGCAUCCACAAACGCACCCCCCGCUACCCCGGCGUCCUCGAUCUCCUGGUCAACACGGUGGUGUAUUGUCCCCGGGCGCAGGAGGACCCAUGGGUGAAGCAGAGUUUUUUGGGGGGGCUCGUGCACCUCGAAACGGGCGACGAGGUUUUCACCAGGGUGCAGGCGCCCGAGGUGGUGCGGGCGGUGGACGGCACCCGCUCCUAUUUCGGGAUGUUUAUGGUGUGA